AAACACAGGCGUAGUACGUAGCAUGUAGUAUUGUUUUUGUUUCGUAUUUUUGUUGCUUCUUUCGUUCUACAUACACCAACGGUGACUGCUUGCCUGCCUGCCUUCUAGCCAGCGCAUGCACGUAGGCCGAAGGAGUCAAACCAACCACUGUGCACCCCGCAUUCGCACAGCGUCGACCACGACGACAACACACACGACACGAUACCACUCGUAAAGGUACGGUCGGCCGCAUGCUAGCAACUGUAUGCAGUGGCAUAGGCAAUUCCCAAUUGUACAGAUCACAAACGGAAACGAACGCAAACGCAGUUAGAAAUUAUUCGUGCGCAGAGCUAAUAGACGGAUCAGCGGCUAGUAAUACGGAGCGCUGUUUAUGACGGUGCCGCGUACGUGAAUAUUAUAUUUAGUUAUUUUAAUAAAGUGAGAAUUUGUUUUGAAAAAUAUUACAAAGUUAUCAUACAAUACUGAAAUCAAUUAGAAAUCAAUGUGAAAAGCUAUAUAUUUCAUCAUAUACAAAAUAACAAAAAUGCGACGGUAAACGAACGCAGUGAUUUUUAGUGAAGAAAAAUAUGUGAACAAAAUUUUAAUUGAAAAAAAAAAUUAAAAAUAAAAAACGAAUUUAAAAAAUAUAUUAAAACAGUUAUUCUGCAUUUAUUAAGUGUUUUUGUGUUUAACCUUAUAAGUGCUAGAGUGUACAAAUAUCAAAUAAACUAAAAAUAAACAAGCUCAGCGAACUGGUUUAAACCAAUCGACAACAGUUUGAGUGGCACUUGUUUUCAUACAACAAAACGUCCACAAGUAGUGACGAAUUUAUAAACUGAACUUUCGCGUCUGCAUUUCCAAUUUUUUUAAACAGCCUUCAAAAUGAUGAUGAACGCUUUCAUCGAUCCCACACCCUCCCAGCAUCAUCUGGCUUCCUAUGGGUUACGCAUGUCACCGACUACACCUACCAAUCAAUCAGACUUAUUGGGUGGCAGCGCACAACAACAACAUGCACAGCAACAACAGCAGCAGCAACAACAAGUGCAACAGCAGCAACAACAAGCGCAACAGCAACAAGCACAACAACAACAGUCACAACAAUUGGACACCAGCGGUCUGAUGUCGUCAGCAAUGUCACUUGGCACCAGCGUCAGCGAUAUGUCCUCACCCGUAAGUGCAUCGGCCGCAAGCGCUGCUGCUUAUCAGAAUAGCGGUUACAGCCACUUCAAUACACAACUCGGUUCGGCAUAUUCAACACCGCGUGAUUUUCUGCUUGGCCGUCGCACAGACAAUGAUUACAUGUCCGGCGCCGCAACAUCGCAAGUGUUAGGCCAAAGUGCCGCCGCAACGGCUGCCACCGCCGACUCAAUGCUGUUCCCAUCAUUUCCCGCCACACAUGCACAACAUCCCGAUUUGACCACAUCCUUUGGCAAUCACCCCUUCCAUGCGGCGGCACAUCAUCAUGCCGCAGCAGCGCAUCAUCACCAACAUCAGAUGCGCAUGGGCAUGGCCGACUAUGCGCAUCCAUAUGCACAUCAUGCACAACAUCACACGAAUUUUCCGUCGGUACAUCAUCAUCAACAUCCCGCCAUGUCCAUGCAUCCAGCCGGUGCGGGCGCAUUUCUACGCUAUAUGCGCCAUCAGCCGUCCGCGGCGUCGGCCAUUAAGCAGGAGAUGCAAUGUCUUUGGGUGGAUCCCGAUCAGCCGGGCGGUCCGAAUGGACGCAAGACAUGCAACAAGAUCUUUCACACAAUGCACGAUAUUGUCACACAUCUAACUGUGGAGCAUGUCGGCGGACCGGAGUGCACAACACAUGCCUGCUACUGGAUUGGUUGCUCGCGCAACGGUCGCCCCUUCAAGGCCAAAUACAAGUUGGUCAAUCAUAUACGCGUACACACGGGCGAAAAACCGUUUGCCUGCCCGCAUCCCGGUUGCGGUAAAGUGUUUGCACGCAGCGAGAAUCUCAAAAUACACAAGCGGACACAUACCGGCGAAAAACCCUUCAAAUGUGAACACGAGGGCUGUGAUCGUCGCUUUGCCAACUCUUCGGAUCGCAAGAAGCACUCGCAUGUGCACACAUCGGACAAACCCUACAAUUGUCGCAUCAAUGGCUGUGAUAAAUCUUAUACUCAUCCCUCAUCGCUCCGUAAACACAUGAAGGUGCAUGGCAAUAUCGAUGAGAAGUCUCCGUCACAUGGCUAUGAUAGCGACGGCGAUGAGUCCUCCUCCUCCAGCAUUGUGACUGGCGGCGCGCAAACACCACCAUCCGCCCGUUUGAAUGUCGACAAUAACAGUGGCAUCGGCAACAAGUCCUCACCGCACUCUAUCAAAUCGGAACCGAGUAAUCAUAGUAUUGGUGGCAUGCAUGGCGUCAUACAUUUGGGUGCCUCGAGCGGUGGCAGCAGCUCAACCAGCAGUUCACAUUUACAUCACACACAUGCGCUUCACAGCUCCAGCGGCGGUGCUGGCAAUGGCAGCAGUAGUGGUGGUGCAAACAACAAUAAUAACAAUAACAAUCACUCAGCCAAAUCACCAGCGCUACAAUUGAUGGCAUCCUCAGCAGCGGCAGCAUACUUGGCACCACCACUCGGACCACCACCCUCACUGACAGCAGCGGCAACACACCAUCAUCAUCAUCAUGCGCAGCAAGCGGCUUCGCCAGGCAGCAGUAAUGCGGCAGCCGCUUCAAUGCUUGUCACCGGUCAUCAUAAUCAUCAUCUGCUAUAUCAUCCGGCGGCGCAACAUCAUCCGCCAAGCGAUUGGUAUCACACAGCAACACCGCCGGCAGCCGCUGAAGCAAUGAAUCCGCUAAAUCAUUUCGGUCAUCAUCAUCAUCAUCACCAUCUGAUGCAUCCGGGUGCGGCAACUGCCUAUUGAAACUGGUGAGCCGUUCAAGAGAGAGGGUGAGCGUAAGCGUUUAGCAAGUUAAAGGCGAGAAGCACUUGUUUUGUGUAGCCUGUCGUUAUGUUAUUGGGCAGUGAUUGCGACUAUUGACAAACAUGCUGUUAUGCGCCGACCUAUGUGGUAAUCGUAGUGCGUGUAAUCACUUGAAGUAAUAACCAAAAGGAUUAAGGCAACAACUUCUACAAACACACACGAACAUACUUUCUUACAGCAGUUGUAGGUGCGUUCAGUAAAAUUCGAUCAGGUUUUAAUAUCUAUCAUCGUAAUCGUAUUGUUUACCAUUUCUUAAGGUAUAAUUGUCGGAGCACAAUAUUUUAGCGGGCAAACUUAGUGCUGCCAUAAUUUUGUAAAUAUUUUUGUGGUUGAUUUUGUGCUCAAAUUCACAUCAAAUCUUUUCCACCUGCACUCUUGGUGUUACAAACAGCUCUUUUAGCGAAUGAAUACAUACAUCAAUUUUUUCUGUACAAAAAUAUAGAUAACAUACAAAACUUCUCACCGCCGCUGUAGCGUGGAUGGGGAAAUUCCUCUAAAAUACGUAAGAAAUAAAUUUCUGCCUUAAAAUGUACUUUCUACGCCGCUUCAAAAGUAAAUAAAAGCAAAUUGUGGAUUAUCUGGCAAUAUACCACUAGUAAAAAAAAUGUGCAUACAUAUACACAAAAACAAAUAAAUAAAUAUAAAAUACACUAAAAAAUCAAUAUGUACAUACUAAUAUAAUAUAAAACUACGUAACUAAAAACCAAAUGGUGCCUGCUGCUUCCAAUGACAAACACAAACAUAUGCUUUUUUUUAUUUAAAAAUAUUAAAAAAAAAAAUAAAAAUGUUCUUUUCAUAAUUAAUAAAUAAAUAAUUUGUAUAGCAGUACUCUGCGCUACCCUCAACGCCUAUCAAAACACAAAAUGCAGUACAAGUGCAUGCACUUAGCCCAAAUAAAUACACGUAUACCUUUUUGCAUGUUUAGCUGGUGAUUCUUUAACUUAGUACUUAGUUUUCGACUCAUUACCUCCACAACAACAAAGCUAUAAAAUUAAUAAGAAAAAACAAUCAAUAAAAAGCAUAAUAUUAAAUAUAAUUGUAUGUAAAAUUAAUUAAGAAAUAAUUUCCAAAAAUUGUUGUAAUGUUGUAAAUAAUUUUAUAUGUAUAUGUAUGCAGACGCAAAUGUAAAAAAAAAACUAAAAUAAAGAAAUUAAUUUAAAAUAUAUUAAGGCAAAUGUAAAGAAAAAAUUGUCACAUAAAAAUGUUAAAAUAUGAUAUUUACUUAAAAUUCAAAUUAUUGUAAGUAAUGUGCAAAAUAAUUAUAUACAAUUUUUAAUUAAUAAUUUUAAUUUUUAAAUGGCUUUGAUUUGAUUUUUUUUUUUCUAUAUUAUUUUUAUUUCAUGAAUUAAAAAAGUGUUUAAUUUGAUUUUAUUUACGCAUUCGUUUAAGUGUCACAUAUAAGCAAACUAGUUAAUAAUAUAUUGUAUUUUGUGUAUAAAUUAAAUUAUUUUAAAUUGUUUAUAGUAUUUACAGUAUUUACGCUGUUUAACCACGCAUUUCUACACACGUAAUCAAAUAUACAUGCUCAUUUACUCAAAAAUACUUUCACACACACAUACAUAAACACAUAUAAAUAUAAAUAAAUAGUAAAUUUAAACACAGUCAACAUGUUAUACUUAUUUAACAAGCUACACAUCUGCAAACACGCUAAAAUAUACAUACAUAUAUGCAUAUAUACUCAUACUAACAAGUAAAAAAUACAAAUAUAUAUAUACACAAAUAGAGAAAAGCAUAGUAGAAUGAAUGAGAGAAGUGUAAACACAUUAAAUAUAAUAUGUGAAAUGCAAAAAACAAAAACUAAAAAUAAAUUAAUAAAAAUAAAAAAAAAUAAAAUAUGUUAGCUAUGAAUAAUUCUUGAAAAAUUAGAAAUUCAUUGAAUAAAUAAAUUAUUAAUUCCAAA